AUGGGCGCCCCUGCAGGCUUCAAGCUGAACAAACCCUUGGCCUCCAUCCUAGGGAACGGGAUCCUCUUGUGGCUGAACCUGUGGAGCUUUAUUUUUCAAGAGUUGUCGGCACUGGGUAACGACGGCAACCUUGGGCAGUGGCUGUUGCUCGUGUGUGGACACAUGGGCAUAACGCUCCAGCUGACGCUGCUGGCAGACCUCGUGAGCCUUUCGACGUGGCACUCGCACUGGGUCUACCUCUACUUUGCCAAGCUCAACCGCCUGCAGUUUGGGCUCUUCUCGUCGCUGUCGAAGCUCUUUCUGGGUAAGAAGAUCAAUUUGCUGCGUCAUCGUGUGGACUCGUGCGAGUACGACGUGGGGCAGCUUCUUCUCGGCACUCUGCUCUUCACCAUUUUGGUGUUCCUCGUGACGACCAAUCUCGUCUUUUUCGUGUUCUUCGCGGGCGUGCGUGGCAGUGUUGUGCUCAUAUCGCUGGCACUUUGGUUGCCUGUCGUAGCACUGAGCUCGUUACCCGUAGCCUCUCUCGUCUACCGCGUGUGGAACCCUCGCUUCUUCAUCGUCGGGAUGCAGCUCCAAACGUGCGGUGAUCCGGCAGGAGAUGGCACCGUCAUAGAG